UGUGGGGCGGGCGCGGUGCCGGCUCCCCCCGGUCGGGGCGGCGGUUGGUUUCUCCUGGCAGCGGAGGCAGGGCCAGGCGCGGCGAGGGUGGGCGCGGAGUUGGCGGCGGGGCUGGGGGAGGCGGCGGCGGAGUUGGCUCCGGACGCGGUGGCAGGAGGUCCGCGGAGCGGAGUCGGCUUCGCCUCGCCUCUCCUUGCCGGCCGGAGCCGAAUGCGCCCGGAGGGGAAGGUCCCGUCGCGGGCCGGGCCGCCGCCGCCCGCCGGUGCCGGAGCCGGAGCGAUGUCGGGGCGCGAAGCCGAGCGCGGCGGGGCGCUGUGCCUGGGGCUGCUGCUGCACGUCCUGUUGGGCUGCGGCUCGGCGCAGCAGCCCGGCGGCUGCCCGGCCGGCUGCGAGUGCUCGGAGGCGGCCAAGACGGUGAAGUGCGUGAACGGCAACCUGACGGAGGUGCCGCCCGACCUGCCGCCCUACGUGCGCAACCUCUUCAUCACCGGCAACCCGCUGCGCCGCCUGCCCGCCGGCGCUUUCGCCGCCCAGCGCCUGGCCGAGCUGGGCGCCCUCAACCUCAGCGGCAACCACCUGCGGGUCGUGGAGGCCGGCGCCCUCUCGGCCCUGCCCGCCCUGCGGCAGCUGGACCUCAGCGGCAACCCGCUGGCGUCCCUCAGCCCGCAGGCCUUCGGCGAGGGCGGCAGCCCGCUGGAGGAGCUGGCCCUCCGCGGGGCUCUGCACGACCAGGGCGCGCUGCUGGGGCUGGCUGCCCUGCUGCAGGCCGGGGCCCUGCGCAACCUCAGCCGCCUGGAGCUGGCCGACAACGGGCUGCUGCUGCUGCCCGCCGGCAUGUUCGGCGCGCUGCCCGCCCUGCGGCACCUGGACCUCAGCAACAACUCGCUGGUGGGGCUGCGGAACGUCUCCUUCCAGGGGCUGGGCCAGCUGCAGAGCCUCAACCUCAGCGACAACUCGCUGGGCGUGCUGAGGAACGGCACCCUGGCCCAGUGGCGCGGGCUGCCCGCCCUGCGGCGCAUCGGCUUCGGCCGCAACGCCUGGGUCUGCGACUGCGCCAUCGAGGACCUGGUGGCCUGGCUCAAGGAGAGCGACCAGGUAGAGGGCAAGGAGGCCCUGACCUGCGCCCACCCCGAGAAGAUGCAGGGCAAAGCCCUGCUGAAGAUCAACGCCUCUGACCUGAACUGUUCCAUGCCCAUAGACCUGCCUUCCCAGCUACAGACUUCCUACGUCUUCUUAGGGAUAGUCUUGGCUCUCAUCGGGGCCAUCUUUCUCCUGGUUUUGUACUUGAACCGAAAAGGAAUCAAAAAGUGGAUGCACAACAUCCGAGACGCCUGUAGGGAUCACAUGGAGGGAUAUCACUACAGAUACGAGAUCAAUGCUGACCCCAGGUUAACAAACCUCAGCUCCAACUCGGAUGUCUGACAGAGCGCCGCGGAAGCGGGGCAGCGCACAGUAGCUAUGCAUGAAACGUAGACUGAUGCUUUACCCUUGUGCUUGCUUCCCUCUCCCCAGAGAAAUCUCAGACGUGCUUGCAACAUGAGGGGGAUAUGCCUCCAUGUGAUGUUCAUUACCCUUCUCUCUUCGUUCUGAGAUGCUGGGGAGCUGCGCAUGGUGUUGGGCUGUAUGUAAGAAACAAGCUGCUACUUCUCUUCCUCCUUACCUGUUUUCGUUGGUACUCAUGGGAAGCUUUUUCCAAGAUCUCAAACGAAAAAAAGGAUUCUCUCUGUGACGCUCCAAAGCCACCAGAGUUUAUAUUAUAUAUACAUAUAUAUAUACAUACACACACAGAUACAACAUUCAACAAAAGCUGCCUCAACUUUUUGGGAAAAAAGAUUACAAUCUUCUGUGCCAGUUUUGGUCCUGUAUAUCUGAAUUGUGAUGACAAUGAUUCCAUUUCAUAGACUUACACUGAAUCUCAGAAAAACAAAGAAACUCCUUUUAACAAGUCCUCUGUAACAACGAAGGAAAUCAAAUAGUGAGCAUGCACAAAUACUUUAUAGUUUUACAUGUUAGGUAAUUUACAAUCUCAGUAAGUCUCUUAGUAUUUUAUACUAAGUUAUUUUUGAUUGCAGUUUACCUGAAAAGACUUUUUUUUUCUAUAUAAGCUGCAUCUAAACUCCGUCUGAACCAUUAAAUUCAAUAAACAGUCUUACAAGAACUUGUGUUGAAGUUUGCUGUUUAAUGAGAAAUGUAUGGACAUCUAAGAAUGUUAAUAACUUUAGAGUCUCUGGAGUAUUAGCCUUAUGGUAGUAAUCCGAAUAAAAUUUUGUACGAACAUGUAGCUUAGAGACAUAAAUAUUUAUGACAAUUUUGUGAAAUAGGCUUUAAGAAUUACACUGAUCAACGGCGAGAGUAGUUCCACUUGGCACAAAAGCCCCAGUCUGCUCUCCCUAAACAACUGCAAAACGUCGAGACAGAUGCUAGUGUCUAUCUAGCUGAGAAGGUACGAGCUAAUAGAAUUUACAUAAGCUCUUCUCUACCAAAUUCAAAAACAUUCAAAUUAAAUUGCAGUGUUUGCAAGCUAAAGAAAAUUUUACCGGAAUGGAGUUGUUUGUUAUAAAAGAUAUGCUUGCAGGUCCUGAACUAAAUUAAAUGCAGCUCAGUCAUGUAGUCAGUGAGCUUCAGACUUGUAAGUCAGUGCAGUACUUAGUAAAUUAAGUUCUUACUGUUUGAUUUUAAACUCUGGGUGCGAUCCUGUAGUGACUACAUUGAGUAACUCGAUGGAACUUUGCAUUUAUCUUAAGACUUCUAACAGGUACAUUUAAGUAUUGUGUAAUUUCUCAUGCUUAUUACUUGCUUGGGAACGCAUUUUCAUGUAAAUAUAUGAAGCAUGCGAAGAAAAACUUCAGAAAUGCAUCAUUUACUAACUAACUCUGAAGGCAUAUCGAAAGGUUAGCAAGAACCUUCCAAUGGCCGUCAGUAAUUAAUGCACUUUUCCUAAUACAUUCUUAGAUUUUCAAUGAAAAAAAAAAUACACCAAAUGUGAAAGUGUAAUGUAAAUUGGUAUCUGUCAGUAUAUUGGUGGAGCUUUUUCCAUGGUCACUGUUAAUGGAAGCUCGUAAGCAUCUCUAAAAUUUUAUGAAUUAGCAGCAAAUUUCCUUCAUUUUCAAAAAUGACGGUUUUGUCAUAGAUAUAUGCCUUCGGUAAGAGCUCAUAAAUAUAAAAUAGUCCUUAAGGAAUCAGAAGAAAUAUAAUCUAUCUGGGGCAUCAGUAUUAUUCAAAUGCAUUUUUCUCUCCUUGUAACUUCAGACAUUGUCAAAACAAGUAGCACAAGUUGGUUUAGACUAAUUUUCUAUUUCUUUAAAUGGGCUUUAUUCAAUACCAGCAAUUUUUUUAAUGUGCUUUUGUACAUUUGCCCUCAAAAGUUAAAAAGAACAUUAAGUACAAUCAAUAUUUUGAUAAAUCAGUGUAUUCUACAAUUAAUAUGUGUUCAACAAUAGCCUAUUUCUCCUGCUUUAUUUAAAUGUAUGAGCAAUACCUGAAUAAUAGCAUAUGAAUUUAAGUUUGUGGAUUCUUAAAAGCAAACUGCUGGCCUGAAUGUUAGCUGCACAUAUUUUAAGAAUAGUGUAAAAAGCCCGGUGUGAAUAAUUAUUACUGUGCAACUAUGCAAACUGUUCAUACUUAGCAUACGUCCAAUAGUUUAUGUAACAAGGUAGAGUUUACAAUAGCUAUGCAGUGUGCUGUGUUGUAUUGGUCAUUUUGGAGAUUAUCAAUUUACAGUCAUCUAUACAGUGCCAAGAGGAGAGGAGUGUCAUUCUUGCUUAAGAUGCUUCUCUAAUGUUAUAGGUAAAAUAUGUACAAAGACAUUUCUUGGGCAAUUUCUUGUUUGUUUGUUUUCUUAACAGAUGCUUUCAAGUAACUGCAGCGAAAACCUAUGAUCCGUAAUGUGUUAAUGUAACAGACAUGCAUUUAUAGAACUGUGUAAGGAUGGGCAACGACUUGAAUCACCGUCUGUCACCACUGGACUGAGUAUUUGUAUAGUGAGCAAGUGUAACUCUUGUACCACACCUAUUAUUCUAAAGAUUAUUAUUAUUUUUGUAUCAUGGAACCUCAUUGUAAUAGACUUUAAUUAGAGACCUGGUGAUGGAGACUUUAAAAUAUUUUUUCCAUUUGCUUGUAUGUGCAUUUGUUAGGAUAUAACAGUUAGCAUGUGUGAAUAUUGUGAUGGAUGACAUUCUCUUACAGUGUUUGACCGACAGUGAAUGCUUUGGUGUUUUGUACAAUGCAUUUGGUCUUAAAUCCCCUUCUAUAACCAGUGCUUGAAAUUUGUUUUCCUUUCCUAUUAUGAAAUAGUUACAGUGGUACUCAGAAGACAUUUAAAAAGUAGCUCCCAAAGUGCUUCAGAGCUUGGUUAAAAACUAUUCCAUUUAAAAUAGCGUUAGUUUAAGGGUUCUUCUGAAGCAUAUUUUAUUCUGCUUUGACACCUAAAACUUCCAUUGAUUACUAUUUCCAGAGCAGCUUAAUUAGCCAGGCUGUUUUAUUCAUUCAUUCUUCAAUAAAACACGUGCAGUACUAAACGCCUCUAAAAUGUGUUUUGUAUACAUAAAACCCCAAAGUUCUGCAUGACACAGUUGUCAGUGAUGUUUCAUGGAAAUCGGAAGGGAGUGGGCAAAUCUGAAGGGAAGGCAACGCAGCUAAGAAGCAAGAACGAUAGAUUAUCCAAGGGUCAGCUGCUCUCUUAAAACUAGUUUUAGUAAUAAUGAGCUUAAAACUUUCUUAGAGAAGUAACACAAGGAAUUGAAGUUGUUUUAAUGUAUCUUCCGUAAAUAUUUUCUAUAUGCCCUGUUGCCAAGUAAGAAACAGAAAAUUCCCUAAAUGUUUCUUUACCCAAGGUAGCUCAGUUUUAGAUCACCUGACGUUUUUUACUCUCAGCAAGCCAUAAUAUUCCCAAUAAUUUUUACAUCCAAAAAGUACUUUGAAUCUUUGUGCAACUGCUUUAAAUCUUUUUAUUCUGGGUAAUUUACCUUUUAAGAACUAGUGGCAAUCCCCGGCGACGUGGUAGCUCGUGAAGCCGCCUGUUCAGACCCAUAUGCAGUUGUUGACUGAGAUGUCACUGAAGAUAGGCAUGACAAAAUAUUCGCAAGAUGACUGUGCCAAGAUCCCAACUCUCAUUAUUCUACCAGCAUUUUCCCUGUGAUAUACUCUGCUCUUUGUGCAUCUACAUAAUUUCUUUUUUUUGCUUCAUUUUCCCAAGAAAUCCAUUAAAAGUAGUAUCAUGAAUCUGCGCAGGUGGAGAAAUCAGUCUGACUGCACCUGUAUUUAUGGUUUUGCAUCUUCAUUUCCCGUUACGUCUUAGCAUGAAAAAGAGCCUUUGUCGAGGUGGACAGAGUGAUAAUCUGAUAUGCUCUUUUUCUUUAGCAGCUGAAUGUUCAAGAAGAACCAUUCAUUCUCAGCAUAUGAUGAAGGAAAAUAGCAUUUGGUAAGAAAAACAUUUCAGUUUCAAGCUUCCAAAUGGCAUUUAUAUUCUUCAAGAGACAGUUGAAGGGAGAAGCUUAUAAAGGAAAGAGAGAUAUCAGCACUGAAAAUCAGAACGCUUAUCGACAGGAAAAAUCUGCAUCUUUUAUGUUAUGGUCACAGUUUAUGGGUAUGGCUCUAAUUUCUUCCUGUUGCUAUAAAUAGAGUUUUUGCUAACAGGUGGAGUCACGUCCUAUAAUAUUUGCAAUGCAGGUGGUUUUGGGGGUUGUAAUAGAAGAUUGAAUUUAAUUCAGUUUGCUGAUUUAAUAAUGACUAAAUGAGGCCCACAGCUCCAUGCUCUGUUUUUAUAAAUGUGCUGCUUGCUAGUUGCAAAGCCCUUGACUUAAAUGAAAGCCCACCAAGGCAGAGGGAAGGACAGUCUGUUUGGGGAGUGUGACAUUUACUGGAUAUUUCAUACAUGCUUAAAGAAGAGAAACAAACCAUGUGGGUGGCAAGGGUCCUUUGCUGAAGCAGGAUUAAAACGCGUUUCUCUGGUUUCUUGAGUCAAUUUAGCAGUAGCAGAAAAGUGGUGCCUUGUACUGACACAACAAACCAAACAGCACUCCUUUCCCAGCUUGGAGG